AUGUACGCGGUGUACCGGCAGGCCCAUCCCCCCACCGGCCUGGAGUUCUCCAUGUAUUGCAACUUCUUCAAUAACACCGAGAAGAACCUGGUGGUGGCCGGAACAUCCCAACUCUAUGUGUACCGCCUCAACCACCACGCCGAGAGCUCAUCUAAAGCUGAGAGAGGAUCAGAGGUCAAAGGUCACAAGGAGAAGUUGGAGUUGAUGGCGUCAUUCUCAUUUUUUUUCGGCAAUGUCAUGUCUAUGGCCAGUGUUCAGUUGGCUGGAGCCAAGAGAGAUGCCCUUCUACUGAGCUUCAAGGAGGCCAAGCUGUCGGUGGUGGAAUAUGACCCGGAAAUACACGAUCUGAAGACUCUCUCCCUGCAUUACUUCGAGGAGCCGGAGCUGCGGGACGGCUUUGUGCACAAUGUCCAUAUUCCCAAAGUUCGGGUGGACCCCAGCGGGCGAUGUGCUGUUAUGCUGAUCUAUGGAACCAGACUGGUGGUACUGCCUUUCCGGAGGGAUACCCUGGCAGAGGAGCACGAGGGACCGAUGUCUGAGGGGCAGAAGUCCAGCUUUCUUCCCAGCUACAUCAUCGACGUCCGGGAAUUAGAUGAGAAGCUGCUGAACAUUAUCGACCUCCAGUUCCUGCACGGGUACUACGAACCGACCCUCCUCAUCCUCUUUGAGCCAAACCAGACGUGGCCGGGACGUGUCGCCGUACGCCAGGACACGUGCAGUAUUGUCGCCAUCUCUCUGAACAUCCUCCAGAAGGUCCAUCCUGUCAUCUGGUCCCUCUCCAGCUUACCGUUUGACUGUACCCAGGCGCUGGCUGUCCCCAAACCCAUCGGUGGGGUUGUGAUCUUCGCUGUGAACUCUCUGCUGUAUCUGAACCAAAGUGUUCCCCCCUAUGGAGUGUCACUCAACAGUCUGACCAAUGGGACCACCUCCUUUCCUCUCAAGUCACAGGAUGGCUUCCGGAUAACCCUGGACUGCUCUCAGGCCACCUUCAUCUCCUACGACAAAAUGGUGAUUUCUCUGAAGGGAGGAGAGAUCUAUGUGCUGACUCUGAUCACGGACGGGAUGCGAAGCGUUCGCUCUUUUUACUUUGACAAGGCCGCAGCCAGCGUGCUGACCACAUCGAUGACAUUAAUGGAGCCCGGAUAUUUAUUCUUGGGGUCCCGUCUGGGGAACUCGCUGCUCCUCCGCUACACAGAGAAGGUUCAGGACAGCCCCUCCUCUGCGCCCAGCAAGGACCCCGACAAGGUGGUGAGUACCAGGCCGCUGCAGGACGGGGGUGCAGCUCCUGACUCUUCUCCCCAGUCUAAUAAACCAGUUGUGUUCCAGGAGGAGCCCCCCACUAAGAAGAAACGAGUGGAGACCACCCUAGCCCGGCCCGGUGGUAAAGGGGGCCCCGGUGGAUGAGAUUGAUGAGAUCGAGGUGUACGGCAGUGAGCUGCAGUCGGGCACACAGCUCUCCACAUACUCCUUUGAGGUAUGUGACAGCAUCUUAAACAUCGGACCUUGUGCCAUGGCAUCCAUGGGGGAGCCAGCCUUCCUGUCUGAGGAGUUUCAGAAUAGCCCGGAGCCAGACUUGGAGAUCGUCUUGUGUUCUGGAUACGGGAAGAACGGAGCGCUCUCUGUGCUUCAGAAGAGUAUCCGGCCACAAGUGGUGACGACGUUUGAACUCCCUGGUUGUCACGAUAUGUGGACAGUCAUUUCUUCAAAUGAGCAAUCUGAGGACACGGAGGAGACAGCCAUGGAAGCAGAAGAAGAUGAGGAGAAAAACCGCCAUGGUUUUCUCAUCCUGAGCCGUGAAGACUCCACCAUGAUCCUCCAGACUGGACAGGAAAUUAUGGAGCUGGACACCAGCGGUUUUGCCACACAGGGCCCUACGGUGUACGCUGGGAACAUCGGAGACAAUAAAUAUAUAGUACAAGUGUCCCCCCUGGGCAUCCGUCUGCUGGAGGGAGUGAAUCAGCUGCACUUCAUCCCGGUGGACCUGGGCUCCCCCAUUGUUCACUGUACCGUGGCAGACCCCUACGUGGUCAUUCUUAGUGCAGAAGGUCAGUUGGCGAUGUUCCAGCUGAAAAGUGACUCGUAUGGAGGCAAAUCUCAUCGGCUCGCUCUACAGAAACCCAACAUACAUUAUCAAUCGAAGGUCAUCGCUGUCUGCAUUUAUCGUGAUGUCAGUGGUAUGUUCACCACAGAGACCAGAUCUGCCCCAGUGAAGGAGGACAGCGCCCCCCAGAGUGUAUCUGAAGGAGACAGUCUGUCGCAGGAGAUUAGCCGCUCUGUAGAUGAUGAGGACGAGAUGCUGUAUGGAGAUUCAGGAUUCCUCUCCAGUCCGAGUAAGGAAGAGCCUCGUCGGAGCAAUAUUCCCACCACAGAACGUGAUUCUUCCCAGUAUAAGACUGAGCCGACACACUGGUGUGUGGUGGUCAGAGAGAAUGGUAUAAUGGAGAUCUACCAGGUCCCGGACUGGCGUCUGGUCUUCCUCGUCAAGAAUUUCCCUGUGGGGUUGAAAGUUCUUGUGGAUAGUUCCUUUGGACAGCCCAUUACUCAAGGAGAUGCCAAAAAAGAAGAAGUAACCCGGCAGAAUGAGAUGCCUCUGGUGAAGGAGGUUCUGCUGGUGGGGCUGGGAAACCAACAAAGUCGCCCUUAUUUACUGGUCCUUGUGGAUUCCGAGCUGCUGAUCUAUGAAGCAUUUGCACACGACUCUCAGGGGAAUCUGAAAGUUCGAUUUAAAAAGGUUCCUCAUAAUAUAAAUAUCAGGGAGAAGAAGCAGAAACAGUCUAAGAAGAAGGCUGAAGGUUCGGCGGAGGAUCUUGGUGCCCGCGCUCGUGUUGCACGGUUCCGAUUCUUCCAGGACAUCUAUGGAUAUUCAGGGGUGUUCAUAUGUGGCCCCUCCCCUCACUGGCUGCUAGUCACUUCUCGUGGCGCCUUACGUCUGCACCCCAUGACCAUCGAUGGAUCCAUUGAAUCAUUUGCCCCCUUCCACAACGUCAACUGCCCCAGAGGGUUCCUCUACUUCAACCGGCAGGGUGAAUUACGGAUCAGUGUCCUUCCUGCUUACUUAUCAUAUGACGCUCCCUGGCCCGUCCGGAAGAUCCCUCUUCGCUGCACGGCGCACUACGUGUCCUAUCAUGUGGAGUCUAAGGUGUAUACAGUUGUCACAAGCGUGCAUGAUACGUGUACUCGGAUCCCUCGCAUGACUGGGGAGGAGAAGGAGUUUGAGACCAUGGAGAGAGACGAUCGCUAUAUUUCACCAGUUCAAGAGGCGUUUUCCAUCCAGCUAAUCUCCCCUGUCAGCUGGGAGACCAUCCCGAACACCAGGAUCGAUUUGGAGGAAUGGGAGCACGUCACCUGCAUGAAAACCGUCAACUUGAAGAGUGAAGAGACGGUGUCUGGCCUAAAGGGGUACAUUGCAGUGGGCACAUGUCUGAUGCAGGGAGAGGAAGUGACCUGUAGAGGGCGGAUACUUAUCAUGGACAUCAUAGAAGUGGUCCCGGAGCCGGGGCAGCCUCUGACCAAGAACAAGUUCAAGGUUCUGUAUGAAAAGGAGCAGAAGGGUCCGGUCACCGCCCUUUGCCAUUGUAACGGCUAUCUGGUGACGGCCAUUGGCCAGAAGAUCUUCCUCUGGAGUCUGAAGGACAACGAUCUGACGGGGAUGGCGUUCAUCGACACUCAGCUUUAUAUCCACCAGAUGAUCAGCGUAAAGAACUUCAUUCUGGCUGCAGAUCUGAUGAAAAGCAUCUCACUGCUGCGCUACCAGGAGGAGAGCAAAACCCUGUCAUUGGUCAGCCGGGAUGUGAAGCCCCUGGAGGUGUACAGUGUGGAGUUCCUGGUGGACAACAAUCAGCUUGGCUUCCUCGUGUCUGACCGGGACCGGAACCUCCUCCUUUAUAUGUACCUUCCAGCAGCAAAGGAAAGUUUUGGGGGAUUGCGCCUCCUGAGACGAGCAGACUUCCACGCGGGCUCCCACGUCAACACUUUCUGGAGGACUCCGUGCCGUGGAGCCAAUGAAGGCUCCAGUCGUAAAACGGCAUUGUGGGACAACAAACAGAUCACGUGGUUCGCUACGCUGGACGGCGGCGUUGGCCUCCUGCUGCCCAUGCAAGAGAAGACGUAUCGCAGAUUGCUGAUGUUACAGAAUCAUCUCCUCACCUGGAUCCCGCACCACGCCGGGCUGAAUCCCAAAGCCUUCAGGAUGUUGCACAGCGGCCGCCGCACCCCUUCAGAACGCCGUGAAGAACGUUUUGGAUGGCGAACUGCUAAACCGCUUCUUGUAUCUGAGCAGCAUGGAACGCAGCGAGCUCGCCAAGAAGAUCGGGACCACCACGGAAAUCAUUAUGGAAGAUUUGCUGGAAAUUGAUCGGGUGACAUCUCAUUUCUGA